CCGCCCAGCUCCCGGCCUUCGGUCCCGCCGCGCCGCUCUGCUGACCGUCGCCGGCCGCCACCAAAAUGUCUACAGGUGCACCUGCAGGUUCAAGUGCUGCCUUCAGCAGCAACCGACGACUUCAGCAGACACAAAAUCAAGUCGAUGAGGUGGUGGACAUCAUGAGAGUCAACGUGGAUAAGGUGUUGGAAAGAGACCAGAAGCUGUCGGAGUUAGAUGACCGCGCAGACGCGCUACAGGCCGGAGCAUCCCAGUUUGAAACGAGCGCCGCCAAGUUGAAGAGAAAAUACUGGUGGAAGAACUGCAAGAUGUGGGCCAUAGGGAUCGUCGUCGUCGUCAUCAUCAUCAUCAUCAUCAUCGUGUGGAAUGUUUCCUCGUGAAGAACCAGUGCCACCCCGCCUGCCGUUCAAGAAACCUCUUCGAGACCUUUGACUUAGAACCUGCUAUAUUCUCGA